CCACUUUUGACCAGGAAAGGAGCACCGGCCGCAGGGUCUUCUGGUAGUGGGAGCACCACCUCCGCACAGGCACCUCGUACCAGUGGAGUCUGGUCUCUGCAGUCCCCAACUCUCCCCCUCGCGUCGCGGCGGUUCUGUUGCUGAUAAUAUUUUUUUAAGUCUAAACUGAGGGGGACACUCGCGGUCCUGAUAGAGGCGGCACGAUGACAGCUGUCGAAACCCAAAUGACAUACAGCAACUCCUAUACGAUCCACCAUGAAGAAGCGUACAUGACCCAAGAGGAAGACUGGGACAGGGACCUGUUGCUAGAUCCAGCCUGGGAGAAACAGCAGAGGAAGACCUUCACGGCGUGGUGUAACUCCCACUUGAGGAAAGCCGGGACACAGAUUGAGAACAUUGAGGAGGACUUCAGGAAUGGCCUCAAGCUCAUGCUGCUGCUGGAGGUCAUCUCAGGUGAGAGGCUGCCCAAACCCGACAAAGGCAAGAUGCGUUUCCACAAGAUCGCCAACGUCAACAAAGCUCUGGACUUCAUCUGCAGCAAAGGAGUCAAGCUGGUGUCCAUCGGAGCAGAGGAAAUUGUUGACGGAAACGUGAAGAUGACCCUCGGUAUGAUCUGGACCAUCAUUCUGCGUUUCGCCAUCCAGGACAUCUCUGUGGAAGAGACCUCUGCUAAGGAGGGUCUGCUGCUGUGGUGCCAGAGGAAGACUGCCCCCUACAGGAAUGUCAAUGUGCAGAACUUCCACAUCAGUUGGAAGGAUGGCUUGGCUCUGUGCGCCCUCAUCCACAGACACAGACCCGACCUCAUCGACUACUCCAAACUGAGAAAGGACGACCCCAUCGGAAACCUGAACACUGCAUUCGAGGUGGCCGAGAAGUUCCUGGACAUCCCAAAAAUGCUUGAUGCUGAAGAUAUUGUGAACACACCCAAACCCGAUGAGAAGGCCAUCAUGACCUACGUGUCCUGCUUCUACCACGCCUUCGCUGGAGCCGAGCAGGCUGAGACCGCUGCCAACCGUAUCUGCAAAGUGCUGGCUGUGAACCAGGAGAACGAGAAGCUGAUGGAGGAGUACGAGAAACUGGCCAGUGAGCUUCUGGAAUGGAUCCGUCGUACCAUCCCAUGGCUGGAGAACCGUGUGGCUGAGCAGACCAUGAGGGCCAUGCAGCAGAAGCUGGAGGACUUCAGAGACUACCGCCGCAUCCACAAACCCCCACGUGUCCAGGAGAAGUGUCAGCUCGAGAUCAACUUCAACACCCUGCAGACCAAGCUCAGGCUGAGCAACAGGCCUGCCUUCAUGCCCUCCGAGGGCAAGAUGGUGUCGGACAUCGCUAACGCCUGGAAGGGUCUGGAGCAGGUGGAGAAGGGCUAUGAGGAGUGGCUGCUGACUGAGAUCCGCCGUCUGGAGAGACUGGACCAUCUGGCCGAGAAGUUCAAGCAGAAGUGUGCCAUGCACGAGGCCUGGACCUCAGGUAAGGAGGAGCUGCUGUCUCAGAAGGACUACGAGUCUGCGUCUCUGAUGGAGAUCCGCGCUCUGAUGAGGAAACACGAGGCGUUUGAGAGUGACCUGGCCGCACACCAGGACCGUGUGGAGCAGAUCGCCGCCAUCGCCCAGGAGCUCAAUGAGCUGGACUACCACGAUGCCGCCUCAGUGAACUCUCGCUGCCAGGGCAUCUGUGACCAGUGGGACAACCUGGGCACCCUGACCCAGAAGAGGAGGGACUCUCUGGAGCGUGUGGAGAAGCUGUGGGAGACCAUUGACCAGCUGUACCUGGAGUUUGCAAAGAGAGCCGCUCCUUUCAACAACUGGAUGGACGGAGCCAUGGAGGACCUGCAGGACAUGUUCAUCGUCCACAGCAUCGAGGAGAUUCAGAGCCUGAUCACAGCCCACGACCAGUUCAAAGCCACUCUCCCUGAGGCCGAUAAAGAGCGCAUGGCCACAAUAGGAAUCCACAACGAGAUCCUGAAGAUCGCCCAGACCUACGGCAUCAAACUGACCGGCAUCAACCCCUACACCAACCUCAGCCCACAGGACAUCAGCAACAAGUGGGACACGGUGAAGCACCUGGUGCCCCUCAGAGACCAAAUGCUGCAGGAGGAGGUGGCCAGGCAACAGGCCAACGAGAGGCUCAGGCGCCAGUUUGCUGCCCAGGCCAACAUCAUCGGACCCUGGAUCCAGACCAAGAUGGAGGAGAUCAGUCACGUGUCUGUGGACAUCGCCGGGUCUCUGGAGGAACAGAUGAACAGCCUGAAGCAGUACGAGCAGAACAUCAUCAACUACAAAUCCAACAUCGACAAACUGGAGGGAGACCACCAGCUCAGCCAGGAGUCCCUCAUCUUCGACAACAAGCACACCAACUACUCUAUGGAGCACAUCCGCGUGGGCUGGGAGCAGCUGCUCACCACCAUUGCAAGAACCAUCAACGAGGUGGAGAACCAGAUCCUGACCCGCGACGCCAAGGGCAUCAGCCAGGAACAGCUCAACGAGUUCAGAGCCUCCUUCAACCACUUCGACAGGAAGAGGAAUGGCAUGAUGGACCCAGACGACUUCCGCGCCUGCCUCAUCUCCAUGGGCUACGAUCUGGGUGAGGUGGAGUUUGCUCGCAUCAUGACCCUGGUGGACCCCAACAACACUGGAGUGGUCACCUUCCAGGCCUUUAUCGACUUCAUGACCCGCGAGACCGCUGAGACUGACACCGCAGAACAAGUCAUGGCCUCCUUCAAGAUUCUGGCCUCAGACAAGAACUACAUCACAGUGGAGGAGCUGCGCAGAGAGCUGCCCCCAGAGCAGGCCGAGUACUGCAUCAGCCGCAUGACCCGGUACAUCGGCCCCGACGGACCCCCCGGAGCCCUGGACUACAUCUCCUUCUCCAGCGCCCUCUAUGGAGAGAGCGACUUAUAAAACCCCCCCCACCCUCUCAUUUCUCCUUUGGGAGAGCCAUUGUAACCCUACUGUCCUCCUAUAUGCUUUGUUUAUCAUCUUUUCUCUUCAAAUCUUAACUCUCUGCCCCUUAGCCCUCUAUCACCCCCUGCUGUCCAGAGAGGGGGCAGACCACGGCUUUGCUCAAAUUAGUGGUUUAAUUGGACUGUCUUGCGCU